GGAAGUUUCUUCAACGAACCUCAAGCGUUCAAAAUCAUAGAAGACUAUUUCUCUCCAUCUUAUUGUUCGGCAAUCAUGGGUUAUGAGAUUGCGCCUCGCUACGGUAACCAAUGGUGACGCCGACGCUCUGAAGGGAUUUAGGAGCCAUAUCUCUCCAGUGCUCUGGAUUUAACCUCACCCCCAUUGGCCAGUUAUUUGACGAAGUUAGGGAACCAUGACGACAAAACAGAAGAAGGCUUUACGAAGCUCAAUUGAUGAUGUACUUGGAGGUCUUUUGGAUGAUGAUGAUUUGCCAGCAAAGACACAAACCCCUUCCCGUGAGCGCACAAGGGCCAAAGGUGUACUUCCAUCACGCAGUGCCAAAAAGUCCGUGUUGGAUGAUGACGAAUUCUUCAGUAAGCUGGCAGAGGAAGCAGUGAAAGAAGAUGACCUGUCGGAUGUAUCUGAGGCCGAUCCUCAAGCUCUUCUAGAGAGUAUGAAGGACAUUGAUGACAUGGAUGCUGAUCUAUUUGGCUCAAAGAAGAAGCCAAGCUCUGCCCCGGCACAGACAAAAAGCUACACCUCAGCAGCAGGUUCUAAGCCAGAACCAUCAAAACCUGGAGACAAAAUGAGGCCCAGUGACACAGACCUACCUGCCAGCGAGGAGAAGAAGCCCAGCUCAGCACCCGCAUCAACAGCACAGAGUUACAAGAAAUUCAGCUUCCUAGAUGAUGAUGAUGGUGGUGAUGAUGUUUCACCUGGACCACCUGAUGGUGAAAAAGACUUUGAUGAUCCCCUGGAUGACUUACUGGAUGAUUUGGAUCCCCCAAAGGCACAGAAAAGAAGCUCCCUGUCAGAGAAAGCGUCCGGGAUGAAAAGUGACAGCCCCGCUGCAUCCCCUCUUGUCAGUCAGAAAAAGACAGAGAAAGCAUCGACAGUCCUGGCUCCAAAGACAAAGAAACGAGACGAGCUUACCUUUGAUGACGAUGAGGAGGAUGACCUCAUCGAUGCGCUAGGAUUCGGAGAAAUGUCUACAUCAAAGCACAAGACAGCCACACUGGCUUCAAAGAAAGAGAGUGAGCCCCCCCAGAGACCACGCACCAGGCUGGAUGAGAUCUUGAGCCGAGGGACAGACCCACACCUGCUGGAGCGCCCCCCAACAGGGGAGAAGAAAGAACAAAAACAGCAGCCGCUACAGCACAAGAACCCCAGUGCCAAAGACGCUGUAGUUGCAGAGGAGGACGUGACGUUUGGCUCCUACCAGCCCACACUGGCCGGCACCCCAGAGGGAAGGCAGUCCCGCAGGCAGUCAGUCAGAUUCUCCACAGAAGAUAUCAGCUCGCACUCGCCCGAGCGCAAAUCAAAGCCCAGCACCCCCGCCACACCCACCUCCUCACGAGCCAGCAGGCCCACAGCUGAUUGGCUGGGACUCAAACAGGAUGAUGCUGCUGAUGUGGACGUCGAGCAGACGAAGAAAACAGCAGGGGACCCUGUGGCAUCAGACCCCCCUAAAGCUCCUCCCUCCCCAUCGACGUCAAGGCCUGGUAGUGAGAUUGCCACGUCUUCGCCCAAAGUCCCCAGAUCCAGACAGGACACCACCAAGGGACUCCGAGAGGUGGGGGAGCAGGAGACGGAGAAAGAGCAGGAGGACGAUUGGUUGACCGGAGCGCUGAGUCGAAAGAAGACCAAGGAGGGGGAGAAGAAGGGUCCUCACCAGGACGCCCUCGGCUUGGGAGAGGAAGUAGAUCUGGACUCCUUUCUUAGUAAAGGCCAACCUAGUCCAACAUCCCGGAGGAAACAAGAAGCUUCACUUGAGCUAGACAGAGAUUCAGGAAUCGGCUCUUCAGUUGCACAGAGGCCAGUAAGUCCCACUCCUUCCCUCUCAAAAGCUGGAAGGGGAGACCAGCUAAGACCAACCAAAGCCAGUGAAGACCAGCGAGCCACCAUAACCAGAGAUAGCUCCGUUGACCCUGCUAGUCUGCCAGAUCCAGCCCCAUCUCCGCUGCAGUCCCCCCACUCUGCCCAGCCUUUACCCUCCCAGCCAUCUAAGGUAGUGCCCGUAGACCAGGUCUCCCACCAAAGGCAGCCGAGCAGAGCCUCCAUCUUUCCGUCCACCACAUCAGCAGCAGUGAGGCACCUGCCACCUCCCCAGCGCAGCUCCUCUCAGGAACAGACUGGACGGGCCCCCAGUGAACAGGCUCUGCCUCCCAGCUAUGCAGCACAGACAUGGCAGGCUCCCAGACCAUUAGAUGCUGUGUUGAACAGCCCCACCUGGUUACCACAACAGAGGACAGUGGAGAAUACAGCUCCGAUUAGCCAACCUCAGGUGUCCUUGUCAGCAGAGGGUCUUCAGCAGCUUUUACUACAACAACAGCUGGCCAGUGGCUGGGGUCUAGGUGGAGCGCUGGAGGCGGGGGUGGGGGUGGGAGCACUGCACAGGCAGCGCAGGGAGGUGGAGCAGCACACGGGGGAGCAGCUGGCCACCCUGCAGGCCCGCAUCAUCCAGCUGGAGGGCCAGGUGCGAACCCUUCAGCUAGAGCGGGACCAGAACCAGAUGCUGCUGGAGAGCGUGCAGCUCCGCCACAAACAGGACACCGAGCUGAUGGAGAACACACACAGGGCUCGCGUGAAGCUGCUGGAGGAGUCUGGGGCUCAGCGGGAGCUGCGGAUGCGGCAGGAGAACGAGGACCUGGCGGAGCGCCUGGCCUCCGUCACGCGGCUGGCUGACCAGGAGCGGGUCGAGCUGCAGGGGCAGCACCAGCGCCGCCUGGCCCAGAGCCAGCAGGACCGCGACCGCGAGGUGGAGAGGCUCCGUGACCUGCAGAGGAAGUCCAUUCUGGAGAUGAAGAAGGACCAUGAGGAGCAGGUCACUCGACUGAAGAGAUUGAAGGACGAGGAGAUCGACGCUGUAACCAGUGCCACCUCACAAACCAGGUCCUUGACAGUGGUGAUUGAACAGAUGGAGCAGUUUUCGCGGCGGCUGGGGGACCUGUCCUCUCGUGUGGAGAGCACCCAUGAGCACACGACCCAAGGCCUGGAGCAGGGGGCGAGGCAACGGGACGAGCAACUCAGAGUUAUGCAGGACCGUCUGGGUCAGCAGCAGAGGGCCAUGGCCGAUGAGAGGGCGAGGCUGCAGGAGGUCAUCGCCAAGAUGGACACACAGCUGGCCGAGCAGCAGAGGCAGCUGGAGAAGGAGCGCUGGAGAGUCUCAGCGGAGCAGGCGAAAGCAGAGUCCGCCCUGCGGGGCCUGGAGGAGGAGCGACGCACCAUGAGCCAGCAGAUAGGCAUCGAGAGAGAGGAGCUGGAGAGGGCCAAGAGCGCGCUGCUGGAGGAGCAGCAGCAGGUGAUGCAGCGUUGCGCUGAGGAGCGCAGGAAGCUGGCCGGCGAGUGGACGCAGUUCCACACGCAGGAGAAGCAGCGUCAGGAGCGCGUGGAGCGCGAGGCCAGCCGCGUCCUGGAGAGGGACGCCCACCGCGAGGGCUCCAUCAUCAGCUUUGCGCAGGAGCAGGCUGAGCUGAAGCUGAGGGCCGGGGAGUUGAAGCAGCGGGAGGACGCGGUGACGCGGGAGCGAGAGGCCCAGGAGCGCCUCAGGGAGGACCUGGAGCGGGACAAGGAGAGGCUGAGCGCCACGGCCAUCCGACUCAAGACGCGCGCUCAGGAGGUGGAGAGCUUCAGCAAGCUGGCCUCGGAGAAGUUUGAAGAGGGCGAGAGAGCGCUGCAGGAGGCCCGACAGGUGGAGGCGGAGCACCAGACUCGUCUGCGCAGCAUCCACACCCAGAUGGAGCGGCUGCGGCAGCAGGAGCAACACCUGCACCAGGAGCGAAUGCGGGUGACAGAACACAGGAGAGAAGUUGAAAACAUGAGACACAGCCUCCCCAUACAUCUGCCUCCAGCCCCUAUUUACACAGAAUUUGCACCAGUGGGCAAUAGUCAGCUGAUGUCCUCUCUAGCGACUGUCCAAGUCCAGUCUCCGGUCACCAACGCAUCAUCUCCAGAACUGCUUGCCAAAUUGGCGAUGCUCAGACACUCCGCAGAAAAGGACAGAGACUUCCUCCAAGACGAACAGUUCUUCCUAGCCACUCUGAGGACCACGCCAAAUACAUCAUUUCACACAUGACAAUUUUGUACAUUAUGGUUUUUAUUUUCCAAGUGCAAUAAAAUUGAUUUUUUACACA